AUGAACCGAGCCGAUCUGUGUGGACGGCGAUCUAAACAGCCGAUCUGUGUGGACGGCGAGGGCUGCGUGCCCACUUCUGCUUCCAUCCGACUCUGCUACCAGUGUGGCAAGAGCUGUGCCCAGUUUCCACUUGUGGCUUGUGACUACUGCCCCGCAGCAUUUCACCUGGAGUGCACUGAGCCUCCUCUGACGUCACUGCCCCAGGGCAGGUGGAUGUGUCCCCUCCAUCCCCACCACUACAACCCCACUCUGCAAACGAGCACCAGUUGGACCCAAAGAGUAGUCUACCACCAACAGUUCUCCAAACCAAUAGAUACAGAACAAGUGAAGAGAAAAUUUUACGAGAACCUAAACAAAAAGUAUCCACCAUGGUUCGACAAAAACGAACCAAAGCGAAGGCCGAAAGAGUUCGAAAUUGACGUGCCUGUAUCUAUUAAAGAAAUGUACAGAACAGCGAAACUGAAAACUGAGCGACCGGAAAUUCUUCAAAAUAGUUCUUCUUAUUCUGAUACAAUAAAUAAUGAAAGUCAGUUCGAGUCUUUACUUCAUGAUGAGAAUAACAAAAAAUUAAUCGACGGUCUUUUAAACCUUAUUGUAAAUCAUUCCGAUUCACGAUGUCCAACUAGUCAUAGAAUGAAGGAAUGCGGAACUUUGAAAAAUUGUAACCUUGAAAAUAAUAACGAUAGUGUCGGAAAUGUUGACGACUCGGAAAUAAUAUCAGCUGUUCAAUCGUUGUCCGAUCACAGUUUAGCACGAGUCAACUCGUCGAUUGCGGCUUUAUUUGACAUUGAAAGGAAGACAAUCUGGCUGAUGGAUAAACCGUGGUUGUGCAUUGGAUCGGACGGUGAUAUAUGCGACGUGGUGUUACGUACUAGCUUGUGCAAACGGGUAUCACAAAAACAUGCCGUUCUCUUUUUCGAUGCCAAAUCAAGACAGUUUGAAGUACUCAAUUACAGCGAACAUGGCACGAUAGUUGAUGGUGUUCAGCUUGGAUGUGAAAAUCACAGCAAGCCAAAGCAACCCGACAAAAAAUGUCACGCAGCCAAUUCAAUGGAUCCUUCUGCAACUACUGUCGAAUCUGUCAGAUUGUUUAUCACGAAAAGUAGCGAUAGUUCGAAAUAUGCAACCUUGAAAAAAGCACAGCAAUAUAAACGACAGGCGACGAUGCGUACUCAUCAAACAAGCUGCAAUUGCGAAGAAAUUAUUGUCUUCGGGGGAACAAUAGGCUGGGAAGGAUCGGUGCACCUUCAUCAUGGAUCAGUGUUGAGAAUUGGAUGUGUUUCUUUAGUUUUGUCAAUCUUGUGUUGAAUUUUAAUUCGAAAUUCUAAACCCUGACCAACAUUUUUUUGCUGUUUGUUGAGGAUUAAAUUUCAGAAUGUGUAUAGUUGGUUGUAUGGUUAUUGUUCCUACUCUAGAAGGAAGUUGCAGAAUAUUUGUGCU